AUGAUAGAUGUCGGUGCAGUUUCAGCGUGGCCUUCUCCGGCAUUACCCUAUUUAACAAGAGAUAAAUCAGAAUUUCCUGUCUCAAUCGAAGAAGGUUCCUGGCUUCCAUCUAUUAUCAACAUCUCUGCCUUGUUUGGAAAUAUACCUGCUCCUAUAAUUAUGAAUCGAAUAGGAAGAAAGUAUACACUUCUAGUAUUAGGUGUCCUGCAACUGAUAUCUUGGAUUCUAGUAAAUCUUUCUCAUAAUUAUACUAUCCUUUUAGCAGCAAGGCUUCUUGCUGGAGUAUCAAUAGGAGGGACAUUCUGUAUGCUUCCAAUCUACAUUGGAGAAAUUUCUGCAAAAAAUAUCAGAGGUUUUUUUCUUUCUUUAGACAAAAUUUUCAUGAAUGGCGGUGCUUUCGUCAUCAACACACUUGGAGCAUUUCUACCCUACGAAACUAUGAACUUGAUUAUGAUAGCUGUACCAAUAGCUGCAAUAUGUAUGUUUCCAUUAAUGUCAGAGACGCCAUACUUUUACUUGAUGAAGGAUCGAGAUGAGGAAGCCAUCAAUACACUUAUGAUAUUGUCAGCAGUAAAAAAUCCGGAAAUGGUGAUGGAAGAUAUUACAAGAAUGAAGGAGGCCAAGCAGCAAUUCAAUCCUAUACGCAAGAAAUUUUCAGCUACAGUGGUUCAUCUAUCUCACCAGGACAUGCAGCAAUGA